AUGGAGGGCGGCGGUGGGGCCGACGGGGCGCCCGGCGCGGGGCCGGAACCGGGACCGGAGGCAGAGCCGGAGCCGGAGUCGGAGUCAGAGUCACAGGCGCGCAUCGCCCUGCCGCCACUGGAACCGGGCGCACCCCUCGGUUACCUGCACGUCUUGUGGCAGCGGGAGGAGCCCGCGGGCAAGAUCCCGGCCCGACGCUUGCGCAGGGCCACCCGCCUCCACCGCCGGCUGGGGCCGACGGGCAAGGAGGCCCACGCUCUGAAAAGGCUGCGUGAAGCUGCCAAUAGCAAUGACUUGGACACAGUGCAGCAACUCUUGGAGGACGGAGCUGACCCCUGUGCUGCGGAUGACAAAGGCCGGACAGCCCUGCACUUUGCCUCCUGCAAUGGCAACGAUCACAUUGUCCAGCUGCUUCUGGACCAUGGGGCUGACCCAAACCAGAGAGAUGGGCUGGGCAAUACUCCCUUACACUUGGCUGCCUGCACGAAUCACGUUCCUGUCAUCACCACGCUGCUUCGUGGAGGGGCCAGAGUUGAUGCCUUGGAUCGAGCUGGCAGAACCCCACUGCACCUUGCUAAAUCAAAGCUGAAUAUCCUUCAGGAAGGAUUCUCCCACAGCCUGGAGGCUGUACGCCUUGAAGUGAAACAGAUUAUCCAGAUGUUGCGGGAAUACCUGGAUCGUCUUGGGAGGCAUGAGCAGAAGGAACAGCUGGAUGACCUCUGCUCCAGGCUACAGAUGACUAGCACAAAGGAGCAGGUGGAUGAGGUUACAGACCUCCUGGCCAGCUUCACAUCACUCAGCCUGAAGAUGCAGAAGAUGGACAACAGGUAAUAGGCGCCAAAUCAUCUUCCUGAAACAGCAGGAGAAGCCUUAGAGAGAAGAAAAGGAAGCUGAAAUUUGCUUCCCAGAUUGCUGACUAAACAUUGCUGCCAGUGGCCAUUCCUGCCAGACUGACUCUUCAGUGGUGCUCAGACUGUUGCUGUUGGUGCUGCCACAGCUGCCCCAUGGGGAGGCAGCAAGCUUUGCACAACAAAGCCAACAGACAAGAAUGCUGCAGCUGUGACUUUGGGGUAAAAGAGCUGCUCUACUUUUUACCAGAUGGGCUGGCGAUGAAUAAGAUACCCUUUCCAGAGAUAUUUUGCCUACUCCUAAGUAUGUCAGCUCGAUGUAGGUGGUGACCAGUGCCACGUGCAGUUACCAGCCCUGACUAGUGCACUCAGCAGCUGGCCAGCAUCACGGAAAUGCUUGGAACAGGCACCUCUUGCCACCUCCAUACUGCUCAACUGCAUGAGAGAGAAAGUGAAUGCCUUGAACAGCAGGAGGCUUUGUGCUAUGAGAAGAACACACAUUUAAUUCUGCAUGCUAGAAGCUGAGUAAACAUUCUGCCUUAAGAAAUGUGCACUGAGGCUUAAUCCUCACCUUUUCCAGAGCCUGCUGUCAGAGGGCGGAGAAUGUGUCUGGUUACAAGUGGAAUACAAAGUUUUUCACAGCUAGACUAACACCUUUCACUGGACCCAUUUUUUAAGUCUGCUGCAAGUUAGCGCUUAAAUAUUACAGUGUAACACUUGCAAAAAAUGCCCAGGUACACAGCUAGCAGGUGAGCAUAAGGAUUGGAGGGUGGCAGUCUUAACACAGUUCUAGUGAACAUCUACAUCUUGCAAAAAAAACUAACUUCUGUUAACUUUUAACUAACUUUUGUGUUUCCUGUUACUGGCAGUGUCAGGGAAGAGGUCCAGUUGUGGCAGGAGGUACUGUGCAUUCAGGCUGUAUUAUUGGGCUAGGGUGGAGGUGGAUUUACCUCUGCUUCAGCAGCACCAAACCCACUGCUCCGCCAUUCUGUGUCUCUUGCUUGUCAUGGAGAGCCUUAAGUGCAGUGUGAGAAGUUAACUAUGGCUUAUGCUGGGAACCUGAAGUGAUACAGGAAAAUGCUCUUGCUGCUCUCUUACUUCUGCCCACUGUGGUUAGCAAUGAAGAUUUAGGCUGGUUUGUUGUAGGAAAUCUCAUUGUUAGGGCACCAACAGCAACAGGGUGACAGGAACAUGCCAAUAGUAAUCUGAAUUCCCACCUGUGUACCACACCAUGGUGUGCUGGUACCCAUACCUAUUGCACAGCUUGGGAGUCACUGGUUUGAAAGAGUUUAUUAUUAGGAUUCAGCUUAAAUAUGCAGCAGCCAGGGUUUGGAGCAUUCUUCAGAGAUCUUUAGGUCAGCAUACCCUCUGAUAUCUGCCUCUUGUCCAGAAAGAGGCUAAGUGGACCUCUGUUCAAAGCUGAGAUACCAGAAAUAACCAUGGCUUUUAGAUGGUUUAGUCUGUGGCCUGCUGGAGGACACAGCUGGGAGCAGCAGUCCAAUGGCUGGACUGGAGCUGUCACUAUGCAUAUUGAUACUUCAUUAUGAUGUGCUGGAUGGGAAGGAUGCUGAGAAGGUGGGAGACAAUCUGACCUUUUUGUAUUUUCAGCUUCAAUAAAAUCCUGUCAGUCUUUUGCAUCUCCUCA